AUGGCGUCUUCUUCUUCCUCCUCAUUAUCCGUCAUCAUUUUCCUCCUCUUGGCGCCUCUCUGCCUUUCAAGUGAGUCACCUUUGCAAAUCCCAAACGCAACCCUAGAUCUCUCUUUACUAUGGUACGGCCAAUUCACGCCGGUUCAAAAGGAGCGGGUUCACGAUUUCGUAGAAUCGCUUAACUUCGACGCCAAGGAAGGUCUUGACCCGAAGGUAUCAUCAUGGUGGAAAGUGGUGGAGAGUUACCAAGAGAGGUUUGAGCUGAAGGAGAUUUACCGACAGAAGAAGAACAACACCGUAACUCCGAGGAUUAAGGUAAAGAUUGUCCGGACUUAUGUGGAUGAGAAGAUGAAAUAUGGAAAUGAAUUAACAAUCGGUAAUGGUGAGAAACUUGUUGAGACGGCUACUGGUAAUAUGUCCAAAGUGAUACCCGUGGUAUUUCUUUCGUCACACGUUCGGGCUCAUGGCAUAGGGUUUUGUAACAGAACUUGCCAACAAAAUGCCCUUGCCAAAAUCGAAGGUUUGAUCUUCUCUUCUUCUUAUUCUAAUUGA